GAUGCGUACAUACUUUUGUGUGCCGUCGAUGCUAAUUCGAUUUCCUGGAAUACCUCUUAGUUCCAUGCCCUUCACCUGUCACUGCAGCGGAAAAUAAGUGUUUCUUUGUAGCGAGGGACAGUGAAGGGGAAUGGAAAUCAUCUCAAUGAUGAGGAAAGCGGAAGCGGAGACAGAAAAAGGAAAUUAUAUUACUAGGCGAGAGCAAUAGAGGACUCUAUUACAAAGAGAUAGAGAGGCAAAGAGAGAGUGCAGCUCCCGGUUAAUAGCAGAGCAUAUGAAUACAAGGUACUAGCAUUACCGUUCCCGAGUCGCAUACACACACACAAAACGUCAUACGACUAUACCGUAAGAGAGUGCUUCCUUGGCAAUUCCUCACCCUAUGCAAAUAGGCCAUGGACUAUUAGAUUGCACGUGCGACACUGCACGGCAAAAUACAGUAAAAAGGACCAGAAGCAUCGGUUCAAUCUGUUGUUCCCGCGUCUGACAAAUAAUUGAUUGUGUCGCACAGUGUACUACUUGUCGCUCUACUCAAUUGUGUGUGUGUGUGUGUAUGGGUGUGUUUCUCGAGAGAAGAGAAGGAGAGAGGAGCAAGCAUGGCGGCCGGUUGUCUAGCAACAGCUUGUUUGUGCAGAGGAAUUACCCUCCCUCUCGGAGACCCCAGAAAAAGUCCAUAAUCCACGGAUGCUGAUGCCCCUCUUCAAUGCUCUGAUGAAACACAUUUGCUGCUAUGUGUCUAAUUAGAAGGAAGAAGGCAAGAAUGAAACAUUCUUUCUAUUCUGUUUCUCUCUUUUGUGCGUGCCCUUCCUUUGCAUGAAAAGUUCUGGAAAUACCGUUUAAAAAGGUGUCUCUUUAAUGCGCUGCCUGAGCUAAAGGUAUGCCUCGCAUGUCAAUCAUUUUGACAUCGCCACUCAAAAAUCAAGAUGGAAUUCAUAGCCAAUCUGUGUUCCUGGGUAUGCAAUGAGUCGGUAUAUGUAUAUUUUUGGUUUUUUUUUUGAAGUACCAUUAAAAAAAUCCACAUACCCAUCACCCUCUCGACGAGCUAUUCAACGAAAUUUCGCCAAGACGGAAAGCGAGACAGAAAAUCAAUAAAUCGGGAUUUAAUGAGUUUCAAAUAUUUGCUGGAAAAGAGAGGCAGAUGGCUUUGGCUAUGCUUAUGAAUAUAGUGCCCCCCACCUGUUCCUGUUCCGCCUGUCACUUUAAGUCAAGGGCUUAGGUGGGUAGCCAAAGAACCAGACGGUAUUCAGGGAACAGAGGAUGGAUGCCUAGACCCGACCUCAAUCAAUCUCCAUGCUUUGUCUCCCCUGCUUUCAAGACGGAAUGCGUCUGCUGCCGCCACAGACAACGGAACAUCCAGAACGAGACCAUGACGAACACCAACAUCGAUUACGACUACCUGCUCAAGUUCCUGGUGCUGGGCGACUCGGGGGUGGGCAAGACCUGCCUGCUAUACCAGUACACAGACGGGCGGUUCAACACACAGUUUAUCUCCACGGUGGGAAUUGAUUUCCGCGAGAAGCGGUUGGUUUACAACUCGCGCGGACGUCGGCAUCGCAUACACCUGCAAAUCUGGGAUACGGCCGGGCAGGAGCGCUUCAGAUCCCUGACCACGGCCUUCUAUCGGGAUGCGAUGGGAUUUCUGCUCAUCUUCGAUCUGACUAGCGAGAAGUCCUUUCUGGAGACCGUCAAUUGGCUAGAGCAGCUGCGUAUGCACGCCUACUCCGAGGAUCCGGACGUGGUUCUGUGCGGCAACAAGUGCGACCUGCUCCAGCUGCGUGUCGUUAGCCGCGACCAGGUGGCGGCCCUGUGUCGCCGAUACCGUCUGCCUUACAUCGAGACGAGUGCCUGCACCGGUGCCAAUGUUCAGGAGGCUGUACAGCUGCUCGUAGGCCGCGUCAUGGAUCGCAUUGAGAACGCCGCCUGCAAUCGGGAGCUCUCCCUGCUGUUGACCCAGUCCCGGUGCCUGCCUAACAUUGCCUAUGGCCCGGAACUGCUGCGUCUCCACGAGAUGACCGGUGAGCCCUCUGGCCGUGGGCGACGCAAUUGUCGCAAUUGUUAAGGAGAUCUAACUGAUUCACCCGCAAAUUUCACCCAGAGUUCUUUGUUUUUAUCUCGUUUAUGGUUCUACAUGUGUGUUUCGCUGUAAAUAAAUGUUGAUUGUUGAUUGGAAA